AAUCUGUACAGAUACCCUUGUGUCAUUGAAGGACCCCGAAAAGCCAAGAUGGCUGCGCCCGGAGAAAUCAACGGGGAGUUUGAAAACUGGUUAAAUGAACGAUUAGAUUCCCUUGAAGUAGACAGGGAUGUAUAUGGAGCUUACAUUCACGGUGUUCUUCAGGAAGAAGAGAAUGAUGACGAGAAGACAGACGCUUUACAAGGCAUUCUAUCUGCUUUUCUGGAAGAAGAUGCAUUAGAGACGGUCUGUCAGGAGAUCAUAAAGCAGUGGACCGAAUGCUGUGCCAAAUCUGCAGUCACUCAGAACACAGACGCGGAUGUGCAAGCCAUCGCUAGCCUGAUUGAGAAGCAGGCUCAGAUCGUCGUAAAGCAGAAAGAGGUUACUGAUGUGGAGAAGAAGCAUAAACGAGCCCUACUGGAGCAGUACGCCAACGUCACAGAUGACGAAGAUGAAGAUGAGGAGGAACUGCCCGGUGCUAUGGCCUUCCCCAGCGAAAAAUCCCUCUUUAAGAACACUAACGUGGAGGACGUACUGAGCCGGAAGAAGCUGCAGCGGGACCAGGCCAAAGAGGAUUCCCAGAAGAAGAAGGAGGGGGACAAGAUGCAACGGGAGAAGGACAAACUAGUCAAGCAAGAGAGGAAGGACAAGGAGAAGAAACGCACCCAGAAAGGAGAACGCAAAAGAUAAAGUAACCAGACAGGAUGCAGGACAGAUUAUCUCAGAUCAAAGUUAUGGACUUCUCAGUUAUCAGUUUCACACCUCUAUUGCCAUUUUCCUAAAGUUUGCUUGUGAAUGUGACAGGAAGGAAUUUUUUUCUCAGAGGCCUUCCAUGUUACAUAUAAGUGUACUUUGCUUUACUCUCUCAAAGAAGUCUACUGUCAAAGUAAAGCCAAAAUGCAGAAAGGUUUUUUUUCUCUGCCAUAAUACAUAAAUAUCAGUAUGAUAUUGAAUUACUUCAGGGUGACAAUAUGCAUGUAUCAUCUCUCCAAAACAGCUCUGCCUUAAAUGCAUAUAUGAUGGCUGUAAUGUUAGUAACUGUCAUCUGUUGAGAUUUUGUGUGAAGAGAAGGGCUUUGUCUCAGAUUAGUUGUCUCUGCGUCAGAGUACAGAAAAAAAGAUAUGAGAAUGCUAAAUACAGUUAAUUCAAAACCUGGAAAUACUUUUGAACCGACUACUUUUUUACCACAUCCUUUUCCAUUUGGGCUCCCCGCAGCAAAUUCAGAACCUGUCAUUGUAACUGAAAACAAUUGGCUGAUUAGCAGUUUCAUGAGUAGGGUGCACUGGAAAUUGUGCCACUUGAAAUUAGUUUGAAAGAGCAAACUUGGAGUACAGUUACAGAAUGUUAAUUAACUGUGUAUAGUGGGAGUUGGGGUGUAUAACCAAGUGGCAUAUGAACAAUCCAGACAUUCUGUAGAGAGAGGACUUUAUUAAUAGCCACAAUUCAUCACUUCUAGUUAUUAUUUUUAUCAGAUAUACUGGACUUUUAGAAAUUGACAUUUAUUCAAAAAAUACAAAAUAAUGUUUUUGUUAACAUGAACUAGAGCAUCUGCGUAGCUAGUGUAAUUGCUACUAGUGCAAGAUUGCUUCAAAAUGGGAAAUUAAGACAUUUAGUUAAAGGGACAAGGAAAUCAAGUGAGUAAUUUGUUUUAGCCACCUGCCGUUUCUAAGCAAAUAUAUGUAGAUCAUGCAUCAGUUUUUAGUGGUAAGAAUGUUUAAUAUAGUGGCAGCAGAUCCAGUUUAGCUAAAUGAAAAGAGAUUGAGCCAUGUGUUGUCCACUUGUAUACUUAAUUUGUACUGGUUACUGGAUUAUACACACUUAAGAAGUGCAAGUCAUUAAUGUCCUCUGCCUUUUUUGUAACUUUUUGGCAUCAUGUUAAAGGAAAAGGGUUGAAACUAAGGAUGGUAUGGCGGUCCACUGUAGGUGCUCUUUUCACCAUACCAGUCAUCUGGAGCAGAGCUGCAGGCUUUCAUUUCCCCCCUAUCAAAGAUCUUCAUUCUGUUGAACAAUUUAUAUUCUCAGAGUUGUUUUAUACCUUAAUAAAGUGAGCAGAGAACA